AUGGCUAAGAAUGUUAUUGCAGUGGAAACCGACUACACCUUUUGCAGGGAGUUUCUCAGUUCGAAAGUGGGAGGAUGCACCAUGCAGCCGAAUGUGCACAUUUACUGCGUGCAACCCGCCUCCUCCGACUCGAAGGAUGACGCCGAGACAAGCCAAAUGUACAAAUACUUCGGAGCAGCUCAAGAUCUUAUAGACGAUACAAAGACUCUCAUGCUUUUACAACGGCUGUUUGUCCCACCAUCGCACGGAGAUAAGUGGACAGUGUAUACAACGCCUGAGUGGGAGAUGCGGGAUAACACGGCGCCUCUAACGCUCUGGAAUACAGUCCGCGACGCCAUCCAGCAGUUCGUUUCCGAUGAGGAUGUCAGUCUUUGGAAACGCCAAGCCUUACUGGGGUACAUGGACGCGUAUGCGUACGCAGCCGUAACCGGUUCUGACGAGGACUGGAAGGAUGUCACAUCCGCCUUAGAGGCAAUUCUUGAUAGUGGUGGCAGAGGGAAAAAGGCCGACAGCGUGCUAGAAGAGGCGAGUAGUUCUGCUCUUCGUUUGACUCGGAAAGUUGCGAAUGCGUCCGGAUUACAAGAGUACCUCCAACUUCUGCUGGAUGCCCAUUCGGGGAUUGACAGUGAUGACAAACCCUUCAUCCACGCACAAAUUUGUGGGUUAGUUGCUGAGACAGGACGCCUCAUCGCAUCUCCGAACACUUUGGACAAAGUGAAGGACGCAAUUGAAGAGGCCUGCGAGUUAUCUGAGAAGAACCACCAACUUCUUCUGCCGGCUCUGCGCUUGAUCCGUGGAGGAAUAGCACGUGGAUAA